ACCUUUUUAUGGCCAACUGUUGGGAAUUUGUCAGACAUUUUUUAUGUCUGGUAAGAAAUAUUAUUGAACAGACACAUUAUAAAAACUGUCUGUCGUUUCUUUCUUUCUUUCUUUUUUUUCCACAAGUAACCGCAGUCAUAAUGGCUUUCACAAUGCUGAGGACGAUGGCGUCCCAUUACUCAUACACAGAUUUGAGCUUAAUGUCUGAUGAUGAAGAGAACCACAGUGGAAGCGACAGCAGCUCAGACCAAAUGUAUGGAUGCUGCACCGGUGCUGAGAAGAACCGGACAGCUGCGCUGAUGCCAGGCACUGGCGGGAUUGUAGUAGUCAGGCAACGCAACUCGGCCAAUGCAAGGGAACGCGAACGGACACAAAGCGUCAACACUGCCUUCACCGAGCUCCGAACUCUAAUUCCCACGGAGCCUGUGGACCGAAAGCUCUCCAAAAUCGAAACACUUCGCUUAGCAUCAAGCUACAUUUCCCACCUAGCCAAUGUUCUUGUUACUGGGAAUGGGCAGCUGGAGGGACAGCCGUGUCUUAGUGCACCCGUGGUUGAGGGGAAGAAGCCUCGGACCAUCUGCACUUUUUGCCUGAGAAACCAACGCAAAGGGAUAAAGGACGGAAGAGACUGUCAGAAACAUUGCAAGACGCGUGUAAGUCAACGGUAGGCCAAGGGCCUCUACGUCUGAAGCUUGGCAUCAGCUCUUGUGGUGGACAUCAUCGAGGAUUCGAUUAGAACUGUCAGUAUUUUUUUAUGCAAUCAGGCAGCUCUACUGCAGAACUGAACAAAACUGCACCUCACUGGAUUUAGUUCUGCCCACUGAGCUAUCCGGACCUCAAAAUCCACGAACUGUGACACAUUUGGGGAAAGUCCUAUAUUGCUGUGAUUUCAAUGAUUAUUAAUGAUGUUUUUUUUAUAUAAAAUAUAUAUUUUUACAAACGA